AUGGCUGAUGGUGGCGAGUAUGAAGAUGAAGAUACAAUUCCUGGUAUUGACACAGAUGACGAUGGCCAAGAAGAUAGUAGGGAGCAGACUAGUACGCAAGAAGCUGGACAAGAUUAUUUAUUAGAAAUAGGACCAAGUACCGGAGAACAUUAUGACAAUGAGAUCGACUUGGAACUAGAGCUUGAGGCCGACAACAUCGCUGAAAUGGAAGUCUAUCCUUUGGACGACUUGGAUUUCAAUGCAGGUAUUGCAGUGGAAGAGCUCGUAGGUUAUGGCCCUGGUGAUCCAGACACAGGAUCGAAACGCUGGUCAUAUGUGCACGUUGUUGAGCUGUCUAAAUCACUAUUCUUGGAUCACAAGAUAGAGGUAGAGACAAGCGCCGUGUUGGAGACUAUCAGAUCUACAAAUGCACUAAUCGCUUCACAUACCGUAGCAGUACGGGUUUUAGCAAGAGGGGAUGGGCAAGACGAAGACCGUUUGGUAAACAAUACGGUACAUCAUUUAUCAACCCAAGAUAUUAAGGAUAUGUUUGAAAUGGGCGAAAGUGAUUAUUCUUUAAAGAUGCAACCUGGAUCAAUGCUUGCCCAGCUCAAGCUGAUGUAUCCUGGGCGGUAUUCGCUUCCAGGAGAAAUGGAUAUACGAACAAAAAUAUCAACGAUGACACAAGCGAGGAAGAGUCUUGAAAGUAGGCGCAAAAAAGAAGUCGAAAUGGAAAAGCAGCAGAGAUUAGCCGAGGCUGAAGCUACGGAUAGAAGCGAAGUAUAUGUGCCGCCUGCUGGCAAAAGAGCACGUACGAAGACAGAGAGGUUCCCCAAGAUAUAUCAACAAGAUAUAAUGGGUAUGGUAGAAGCUGAUACUGAGAUCAAAUGA